AUGGAUGCUUCCGGCCCAGAAUCGGGGCGGACGUCGCUGCUGCAUGCGUCAUGGAAAGGCCAGCGCAAGGCCGUCUUCAUGCCGCUGCUGGCGACCGCCAUGCUUCUGUGGUUCGUCUUCCUGGGUGACAUGGCCUACCUCUUCGGCGCGUCCUUUGACCAGCGGCACCGCACGCAUGGCUUGAACGUCCUCGUUGUCGACUUUGAUGGUGGCAAGGCCAUCUCUCAGGCUGUCCAGGCGACCUACCAGAUUUUGCAGGGUAACCAGUUUCCGACGUUGGAGUUCCAGGACUCGUCGCCUAAGUAUCCCGACGCAGCCUCGGUUAAGGAGGCCGUCUGCAGCGGCGACUACUGGGGCGCCAUGUACAUUCGCUCCGGCGCCUCGUCCGACCUUGCAUCUGCCAUCGAUGGUGGCCCUAAGGCGACUAGUUAUCAGCCAAACGACACCGUCACGUAUAUUUAUAAUCAGGCUCGCUACAGUACCAUCGCCGACAGUGCCAUCGGGGCCAAUCUACAGGCCCUCAUCGCUGCUUCACGUGGCGCGUAUUAUAACUCCACCUACGGUCGCGAUGCCAUCGCCAACCUCAACCGCUCCGACCCCAACGCCAUCCGUGCCUACCUAAACCCCAUUCAGGCCUCUUCCGAUAUCAUCACAUUCACCGAGCAGGGCUCUCGCGCCUUCUAUAAUACCCUCAACGUGGUAUUCCCUAUUCUCCUGACAUUCUUCUUUUUCAUGGCCGUCAACGCCAUCAGCGACGCAAAGGGUAUUGCCGCUCGACUCCGCCGCCGCGAGGUCUGGCUGCUCCGUUUCGCCCUCGGCAAGUCCUAUGCCCUCGUCGCUGCUCUCGUCGUCACCGCCUACAUCUGGGCCUUCCGCGAGGACUGGGCCGUCGCAGAUGCCGUCUUCUUCAAGAACUGGAUGAUCGUAUGGUUCCAGAUCGACAUCAACUGGCAGGUCUUUGAUGCGACCCUGGGAACCUAUGUCCCCAUGCAGCUCGCCUCCUUCUUCAUGCUCACCUGGGUUAUGAUCAAUGUUGCCAGCACUGCCUUCCCAUUCCAAGUAGCGCCUGGAUUCUAUCAUAUCGGCUACGCCCUGCCGGGCUAUAGCAUUUACUCCUUGCAGGUCCAAGCAUGGAGCGGCUGUGCUAAUAAGCUUAAGCUCGCCUUGCCCGUCCUUUUCGCCUGGUGGCUGCUUGGCCACGUCGCCGUUGUAUUUUCCACCCGCAAGAGAUGUGCAGACGCUGAGAAGGCGGCCCCAACGCCAACCCCGGAGCAGCCUGUCUCUGAACGGUCACGGUCAUCUUCUGAGGCAACCGCGGCAGGCGACCCCAUAGCCAAACCUGAGUAG